GGCAGCUUGAGAGACGGGUGGAACAUCAGCAUGGCCUGCAUUUAUGGAGAUGUCACAAAGAUCGACACAACAGGUGCAUCGGAAAGAACAGCGAAACAGGAUAAGCUAACUGUCAAAGGGGUGGAGGCCUCAUACAAACUGGCAGAGCAUGAUCUGGGCAGGAUGAGCAAGUAUAAGGAUGUCAUUAUCAAGGUGGGGAAGGCCCAUCAAAUGGAUCCAGCUGUAAUCUGCGGUAUCAUUUCCCGCGAGUCUCGAGCUGGGGCAGCUCUUAAAGAUGGCUGGGGUGACCAUGGCAACGGUUUUGGACUCAUGCAGGUUGACAAAAGACACCACAAGCUAGAAGGGACAUGGAAUAGUGAACAGCAUAUUAGUCAAGGCACCAGAAUUCUGAUUGAAUUCAUCAAUAGGAUCAAGAAUAAAUUCCCAACCUGGCCAAAGGAACACCAGUUCAAAGGUGGAAUAUCAGCCUACAAUGCUGGAGAUAAAAACGUCCGUACUUAUGAGCGAAUGGACAUCGGAACCACUGGAGAUGACUAUGCCAACGAUGUUGUGGCCAGGGCCCAAUGGUUCAAAAGGAAUGGUUUUUAAGGAGUGAAUCAAUGCCAUUCUUGGGGAAAAGGA